UUGGUUAUAUCAGCCUUGUCCGUUCUACCCCGAAGAUGAAUGCUGUGGGCUAUGUUGCGCUUUUCGUGGUUCUACCACUUGUCGUAGCAGAUACAUUGAGGUUCCACCCACGAGCUCGUGGCCGAAGUAGCUCAAAAAUGGCGGAAGGAGAACUCGAAAUGCUUGCGGAAAAAUUCCUUGGUGGUCAAAAACCAACAAACUUGAAGGACUUUGUGUUCAAGAACUGUGGAGGAAACACUGGCAGUACCUUCAAUUUGAACAUUACUCCUGAUCCAAUACAAUUCCCAGGAACUCUCAACAUUGAUGCUGAUAUCGAUUUAAAGCAGGCGAUUGACUCUCCUCUGGCGGUGUCAUUGAAAAUGAAGAGGAAUUUCAAUGGUAAUUGGAUAGAAGUGCCAUGCAUUGCCAAUAUUGGGUCCUGCACCUACACCUCCUUGUGUGAGGCACUGGCACCAGUAUCAUGUCCACCCCAGCUUACCAAAGCUGGAAUUGGCUGUCACUGUCCAUUCAAAGCAAAAACCUACACCGUUAAAGGUAUGUCCAUAGAUGUGGAUGCCUCUGCUUUCAUAUCGGGAGAGUUUCAAGUCCAAGCUAAUGUGACCUUUGGAACAGACUCGAAAUACAACCAAUGCAUUGAUGCACAGUUUACUGUUGCUUAGUUUUGUAGGAAGGAGAAUGAGACAUGCUGCUGAGCAACACUGUGAAGAUGUCAUUCACCAUCACAUUCAUGUAUCAUUCUCUUCUUCACGAUAGUCAGCUCAAACAUCUUCAAGUUACAUCAGUGUAGCAACUCUUUUACAGCAUUCUGUACAACUUCAAACAGAAAUUACAAUACUUGGUAAUUUUGUUAUUUUUGCAUUACCAAAAUAUGAUGAGAAUGUUUUACCAGAUUGUUAAGAUGAAACAGUUGUGGACAUGCUGUUUUUUUAUAUGAAAUGUGACCUUUUAUUUUUCCUCCUCUAUACCUUGGUCCAUAUUUAGGCCUCGGUCCUAAUUGUGUAUCUUUAUUUUCUUCCUAAUGAAGUCACAAACAAAUCAUAAUAAUGCCCUGAAUCUUUAAAUAAGGUGAUAAAGUGAUUUCCCAACUUGACCAAAGUAAACAAAUUUUUGAUAUAUUGAAAACCUGUAUUAAUGUAAUAUUAAUUUCAGUUUUGCACGCCACAAUAAUUGAACUCCGCUACAAUAAUUGAACUCCGCUACAAUAAUUGAACUCCGCUACAAUAAUUGAACUCCGCUACAAUAAUUGAACUCAAAAUUUUGUAUGAAUUGAAGAAUAAUGAUAAUGAAAGGAGUGGAAAUUUACUCCUUGAUACUAGUGGCUUGAACUUGUGUGUCAAAGAGAUUGCUAACUUUUUCUUUAUCUUUAAGUGUAUUGCUGAUAUACAUUUAUGUAACACAACAUGCAUAUUUCCUAAAUAUUAAACCAUCAAGCAUGUACUCUGUGAUAACCAACUCAUUUUGGAAAUCCCUUAUUUUUUUAAUUGUUACCGUGUAAUAUUUGAUCCACUUAAAGUAUUUGAUUAAUGAGCAAAUGAAAUAUACAUGCGUUACUCUAAUAACAGUUCUGACAAUGUGAUCAGUACCUUGUGAUGCACUCAACCUGAGUUUUAUCCUUUCAGUAGUAGAGUCAGUCUGUCAGUCAUUUUUUAAGAGUAAUUGAAACAUAGAUUAAAAUCAUGUGUAUUCAGUUAAAUGUGUGUAAACAGAUUUGAUGUAGACAUGUCAAUGAUAUUUAUUGCAUACAUUAAAAGGAUUGUACAUUACAAGUUUAUGAUUAGGAGCUAUAAUUAUUGAGGAUUUCGUAUAUUAUCUGUGAUGUAUGAUAUUUUAAUAUAUACCUUGAAAAGUUUUAGAAAUAGAAUAAUAGGAUUUAAAUCUAUGACUAAUUUAUAGAAAAGUUGGUGUAAAAAUUGUUAAAAUGUACCAAAAUUAACAUUUUCCAGACAUCACUUGGGUUGAGGUUCUUGCUAUGCUAUAAACUUAAGACUAGCAUACAUUCCAUUAUUUUUUUCCGUUAGACACGUGUUUUAGCUAUUCAUUAGAAGUAACUUUGAUGUUGGCUGGACCAAAUGUAGUGCCCUGUAGUUCUUGUAUGAAGUGUGCUGAUAUCUUUGCUGUUGUGUUUAGACUUCUGUAUGUUGUGUCAUGCACUUGCAUAUGGUUACUUUGUGAUUGGGCGUGUCUGUACCGGACAGUCCUAGUAAGUAAAAAGAUACAUCAGUGUCAAUGUAAUAACAUUGGAACAAGUUAUAUCCUGAGCCUUUAGGCGAGUGAUGUAUCAAAUUAUUGAACGGUUUUAUACAUGUAGUUUUUAUAUUACAUUACCACAAGUGUAGGUUCUGAAAAAUAUCAAAUACUCUCAAAUUAAUUUCCGUUUAAGGCAGACUUAUUUGGAUGAAGACGGUACAUUUUCCACUACCAAGACAGUCAUGUAACGUCAUCAAGAUUCGACUUUGGUUUUCUGAUCUGUUUUUAAAGUGCUAUAUUUACAAUGUACAGAACAAUGAAGUAACAAGUUUACACAAGACUUGUAGUCGUCUUCAAUAAAUACAACACUCAUGUGAGCUGUAAUUUAAGAAUUUGGCGUGUAGGUUUGUAGCUCAAGAAUUGGGCUUGUAGAUUCUUUGUAAUUCAAGAAUUCUGCUUGUAGACUGUUCCUAUGUGAAGGCAUAUGCAUUCUCAUUUGUUGACUUUUAUUUUGAAGUGACUUACCAAGCGAAAUUUAACUAUAUUUGUCUUAUUUCAAAUAUUUGCUUCACUUUUUUUAACAUAAUACUAUUUACAUUAUGAUUUUUGUCAGUUAUUACUCAGUUCAAUUUUUGAUGUCAAAGAAAUAUGUGUCUUAACCAUAUAAAGUUAUAUUUAUGUACAUGUGUAUAUCAUCAGAUCAGUGGACCAUUGAACAAGAUGGUUGAAAAAAUGACUUCCAAUUAUUUGGACUGAAGCAAUGCAUAUAAUUGAAAAAUAAUUCUGUAAUUGGACAUUGAAAGUUUGUACCAAUACAUUAUGUAUUUAAUUCAACAAUGUAAAAAUAAAGAGAUCUGUUAUUUUUUUGUAAUAUCAAUGAAGUGAUGAUCUGGUUACUUUUGGUAAGUUUAUUGUUAAUACCUCAAACACAUCUGUACAGCUGAUGUACUGUUCUGAUAUUAGGAAUUAUCAUGUGCCUUUUUAUUGAAUCACUCUCAAUUAAAAUAGUUACACAUUA